AUAUACUGCUGUGAGAUGGGGGAGGCGAACCCCGACCCCCAGGCGGAAGCGGAGGAGAACGAGAUGGAUCAACAAGAGGAGGGAGAGGUGGUGGUGGUGCAGGAGCAGGAGCAGGAGCAGGCGCCGAAGCUGAGGUAUCUGGGCUUUGUACAUGUGGCGGCGGUGCAGGCUGUGGUGUGCCUCGCGGGGCUCUACGGGCUGGCCAAAGACCACGCCGGUCCGCUCCGCCCAUGCGUCGACGCCACUGAGCACGCAGUGAAGGGCGUCGUUGGCCCUGUCUACCGCAAAUUCCACGGUGUCCCUGUCGACAUCCUUGCCUUUGUCGACCGCAAGGUGGACGACACGCUGAAGAAGCUGGGCAGGCACCUCCCGGGGUCGCUCAAGGCCGCCUCGGCGCGGACCUGCGCGGUGGCCCGCGGCGUGCCGGAGGUGGCGCGCGAGCUGACCGCCGAGGCAAAGCAGUCCGGUGUCAAGGGCGCAGCGCGCGCGGCAUACGCGAAGGCGGAGCCCGUGGCCAAGGGCGUGUACAUGCGUUACGAGCCGACGGCGGAGCACCUCGCCGUCUCCACCUGGCGCUCGCUCAACGGCCUGCCGGUCUUCCCGCACAUCGCCCACAUCGUGGUGCCCGCCGCGGGCUACUGCGCGGCGAGGUACAACAAGGUGGUCGCCGCCGCGGGGAGGCAGGGGUACACUGGAGCCAGAUACCUCCCGACCGUCCCCACCGAACGCAUCGCCAAGGUGUUCGCGUCCUCUUCACCGGAGGCCAAUGGCGCCGCCGAGACCAAGUGAUGUGACAGUGCCGUGGCCAGAUGACUGGGUCUGAGUUGCCAGGCCACGAACUGAACUGAAUAACAAAGUGAGAAAAAUCCGGUGUUAGAUGUCAUGGUGACAUUGUACAUUAUGCACCGAGAUGAUGCUCUACUUUAGUGAUAAACUAUAGUUUAAGUUUGUGUCGUGCUCUGAUAUAAUAGUUUUUAGUUUGUUUCUUCUUGCUUUUUUUUAAUAAAAGUUAUCCGUUGUCGCAA